UCCUCAUCAAAUAAACCACAUCCCCUCUACAUACAGAGUUCACAGUCAAGUAGGAAGCCACUUCCUGUCCUCUGGUGUAGAGUUCCAUGAAACAGAAAGUAAUCUUUGACACUGAACAGAAAGUCAUCUUUGACACUGAUAUUGCUUAACCUACGGGAGAGAGCACCAAAAUGGCAGAGAAUCAGGAACUGUUCUGUUGCUCCAUCUGUCUGGAUCUACUGAAGGAUCCGGUGACUACUGGCUGUGGACACAGCUACUGUAUGGGCUGUAUUAAAGAAUGCUGGGAUCAGGAUUAUCUGAAAGGUGUCUACAGCUGUCCGCAGUGCAGACAGACCUUCAGACCAAGGCCUGUUCUGAAGAGAAACAUCGUGCUGGCUGAAGUGGUGGAGAAACUGAAGAAGACAGGACUCCAGGCUGCUUCCCCUCCUGCUCUGUGCUAUGCUGGACCUGGAGAUGUGACGUGUGAUGUCUGCACUGGGACCAGAAAGCAGAAAGCCCUCAUGUCCUGUCUGGUGUGUCUGGCCUUUUACUGUGAGACUCACCUCCAACCUCACUAUGAAUCUCCUGCUUUCAAGAAGCACAAGCUGGUCAAAGCCACCGCACAACUACAGGAGAAGAUCUGCUCUCAUCAUGACAAACUGCUGGAGGUUUACUGUCGUACCGAUCAGCAGUGUAUCUGUCUGCUGUGUGUGACGGAUGAACAUAAAGGCCAUGAUACAGUGUCAGCUGCAGCAGAGAGGACUGAGAAACAGGUAAGACCAGAA